AUGCUCGGAAAAAUUGCUCUCGAGGAGGCCUUUGCCCUCCCACGGUUUCAAGAGAAAACACGUUGGUGGGCAGGACUCUUUGCCAUCGACCCUGAGAAGCACGCAGCUGAAAUCUCCGAUGUCGCGGACAUUCGGCUCAACUACAUGGAUAAACACGGUGUUGGGUUCACCAUUCUAUCGUACACAGCACCUGGGAUCCAGGACAUCUGGGAUCCGAAGGAAGCACAGCUGUUGGCCAAAGAGAUCAAUGAUUACAUUGCUCCCGAGGUUAAGAAACACCCUGAACGUUUCGGCGCGUUUGCAACCCUUUCUAUGCAUGACCCCAAGGAAGCUGCCGAAGAGUUAAGGCGUUGUGUAACUGAGUACGGCUUUUUGGGCGCGCUUGUCAAUGACACUCAGCGGGCAGGCCCUGAUGGCGACGACAUGAUCUUCUACGACGGCCCGGAGUGGGAUGUUUUCUGGUCUACAGUGACCGAACUUGAUGUUCCUUUCUACCUGCACCCAAGAAAUCCCACCGGAACGAUUCACGAAAAGCUAUGGGCAAAGCGCUCGUGGCUCAUUGGACCUCCAUUGAGCUUUUCGCAGGGAGUCAGUCUGCACGUCCUUGGAAUGGUCACAAAUGGCGUUUUCGAUCGCCAUCCCAAGCUUCAAAUUAUAUUGGGCCAUCUAGGAGAGAAGAUACCAUUCGACAUGUGGCGCAUCAACCACUGGUUUGAGGACGUGAAGAAGCCGCUGGGGCUGUCUUGCAAGCGAACUAUCCGCGAGUACUUUGCAAGCAAUCUGUGGAUCACGACCAGUGGGCAUUUUUCCACCACGACUCUUCAGUUCUGCAUGGCUGAAGUAGGAGCGGAUCGCAUAUUGUUUUCGAUUGACUACCCUUUCGAGUCCUUCUCGGAUGGAUGCGAUUGGUAUGAUGCUCUUCCCAUCAAUGAUAACGACAAGAAGAAGAUUGGGCGGGACAACGCCAAGCAACUGUUCAAGCUGCCGGGAUUCAAGGACAGUGAGGCGUAA